AUGAAACUGCAGUUCUGCGAUUUGGGGGCCAAAGGGAGAGUCAGACUGGAUGGAGGGUCCUGGGCAAGGGUCAGAGUCACUGAAACAAGAGUAACCAAGUUCAGGUGGAUCAGCAGCGUGGAGGGGAGAGUGAUCCGGAUGAGUGGUAAGAAAUCCAAAACUCCUGAUGUUGAGGCAUGCAGGUACAAGGGCAAGCACGCCAUCCACCUGGAUGAUGUGGCCAAGAAGGAGAACGACUCCACCCACCAAUUCGUCCACAGCUUCCCGUUGUCAGAGCCAGCCGGCUGGCUCAGCAGAUACAUCUACAUCCCGACUUGCACCUUCUUCACCUUCUUCAGCACGUGGCCCGUCCUCUCGCUGAUUGUCAUCCGGUUGGCUGAGAGGCUACAACUACCAGUACAUCGAGGCUGUCCUGUCGUCUCACUCCUCCCCUGUUUGAUCCACAUGGACUCGGCCAUCUCCCACCACAACAAGCUGCAGACUGCUCACACCUCUCAGGACAACGACCCCAAACACACAGCCAAAGUCAUUAGGAACUAUCUUCAGUGUAAAGAAGAACAAGAAGUACUGGAAGUGAUGGUACGGCCCCCACAGAGCUCUGAUCUUAACAUCAUCGAAUGUGUCUGGGAUUACAUGAAGAGACAGAAGGGGUUGAGGAAGCCUGUAUCCACAGAAAAUCUGUGUUUAAGGACCCGCUGCCUUGAUCUUCUGGGCUUCCAGCAGUUUAUGGAAGACAGUGAAAUGACCUCUGACCUGAUGGACGAGGGAAAGGAGCUGAACCGCCAGGAAAGUCAUCUGCUGGGAGAAGAAACAACAGUGAAACGGGAAGUACAAAGAAGCUGCUCAUCACUGGAUAUUCUGCUUAAGAUUGAAGAUUGAACAUCUGCCUCCCAGCAGGUCAGUAAAACCGAGACAGCUCUUCAGAAUCGGCGACAACAUCUCCAGCACCAUCAGACUGAGAACAGGAGCUCCUCGAGGCUGUGUUCUCACCCCACUGUUGUUCGCUGUCCUGACACUGCACUGCUCUACACAGCUCCAACCACAUCAUCAGGUUCGCUCAUCAGCAACGACGACGAGUCGGCGUACAGAGAUGAGUUUGAGCAGCUGGCGUUCUGGUGCAGCGAGACCACCAACACCACCUCCAUCACCAAAAUAGCCUAGCAGCGCCUCCACUUCCUGAGACGCCUGAAGCGGGCCAGCCUUCCUCUUCCCAUCCUCACCGUGUUCUACAGGAGCACCAUAGAGAGUGUUCUGACCAGCUGCAUCUCCGUGUGGUUCGGCAAUCUCAUCCAGCUACAACGGAUUGUUAAAGCAGCUGCCAAGAUCACUGGAACAUCUCUCUCUCUCUCUCUCUGCUACAGGACAUCUUCACCAAGCUCUGCAUCAGCAAGGCCUCCUGGAUCAUGCUUGACCCCUCACACGCACUCUUUUCUCUCCUCCCGUCUGGCCGACGCUAUCGCAGCAUUGGGGCCCAAUCCUCCAGGCUGCGAAGUAGCUUUUUCCCACAAGCCAUCAGACUCUUGAACUCACUACCGGCUCUCCCAC